CAGGGAAUGAAACAAAGUCUGAAGUUGGAGUCGUGUGUUGUGAAGCCUCCCAGUGCCCGCUAAGUGGAGGGGCUGUUCUGGGCGGUGUCAGUGUUUCGAGUGGGCAGUGAAAGAGAGAGAGGGAGAGAGGGAGGGGGGAAGAAAGCACUCCAGACUUUUUUUUUUUUUUGCUUUUUUUUUUGUGUGCAGAAGUUCAGCUGCAGGAAGCGGCGUGAAGAGGAUCAAGGGUUCUGUCAGUCGGGGGGAGAGCAGAGUGGUGAAGGAAGGCAAGGCAAAGCAGCCGGGGCAGCAGUAGAUUAAAGGAACAAAAACUCCUUAUGGCUUCCUAAGAUUUUGUUGGUGUUUUAUUUUUUUUGUAACAUCCCCCCCAUCACUAAAUUUGACCAAUUCCCAAUUUUGCAAAAAACAAAAAAAAAAAAGAUUUUUUAAAUUUAUUUUGGAAGUCAGCCGCUGCCGGGAACUGUGCGGGAUGGAUGAUCGGGUUCGGUGGAGAUGGAAGGGAUGGAUUUGGGACUCAGUUCUAACGUUGCAAAUCGCAAUCCUCGCAUUAACAACCAGUGUCAACGCAGUGGAGCCAGUGGACAUCCUGAAGAUUCUACAACUGCACACCUUACCCGACGGAAUAGAGAGAGUAACUGGACUUUGUCCCAACAGAAAAUUGACCAGUACUCCAGAUGUUGCCUAUAAGGUCACCCGACUCGCCCAGCUUAGUGCACAAACCAAACAGUUGUACCCAGGAGACACGGCGUUCCCGGAGGAUUUCUCCCUGGUGAUGACAGUGCGAGCCCAGAAAGGAAAAGGUGCCUUCCUGCUGUCCAUCUACAACGAGCAGGGAAUCCAGCAGCUGGGCGUGGAGAUCUCCCGCAGCCCCAUAUUCUUCUACGAAGACCAGACAGGGCAGCCCAGCCCUGACGAACACCCCAUCUUCCGUGGAAUCAACCUGGCCGAUGGGAAGUGGCACCGAGUUGCAAUCAGCGUUCACAAGAAAACGGUCACCAUGAUUGUGGACUGCACCAAGACGUUGACUCAGCCCUUGAACAGGAGCAAGCGGCCGGUGAUUGACACGAACGGCAUCGUGGUGUUCGGCACCAGGAUACUGGAUGAAGAUGUCUUCCAGGGGGAUGUCCAGCAAUUCUUGAUCAUCGCGGACCACAGGGCAGCCUAUGACUACUGCGAACACUACAGCCCCGACUGUGACAGCCCACUCCCCGAAACACCACAGAAUCAAGAUCCCGACACACCUGACUAUGACCCCACCGCGGACUCUUACUAUUACGAAUAUCCUUACUACGAAGAUAUCAACGACGACAAGUACAAAGAGGGUGAAUACGGUGUGGAGGGAGUGGAGACAGACUUCAGUUCACAGAUCACAGGCCCCGUCACUGCCGUACCAGACCAACAGGAGACGGUCCCGACGGAAGUGCCGGGAGAGGAGAUCACGGUCACCAUUCCUGGGACGACGGCUGAAGCUGUCGUUGAAGAAUACCCCACCGUGGAGACAGGCUACUACGACAAUUACGACGAUGACUAUUAUUUCCCAGACUUGACCGUCACGGAGGGAACUCCGGAGAAAGAGGAUUACCCCGAUAAUUCAGGGCAAGAAUUCGAAAACGAGACGAGCAUUACCUUUGGGAGAAGGGAGUUCACCCACAACGCCACUGAAUUCGAAGACAACUCUGAGCACACAAUUGAGAUCGUCGAGGAAGCAAUACCUGGCCACGGGUCAAGAAAUGAAGACACGUUCAACGUGACAACAAUCGGGGAAGAAGAUCCCAACACUUUCUUUGAUGACUAUGAAGUUUAUUACGACUAUGAUGAUGUGACCAUUGGCCCCGGGUCACCAGUCCUCACCGACACUGAAUACGUUAGGGGCGAUGGUAUGCGAGGUGAGAAGGGAGAGAAGGGUGAACCAGCCAUCAUUGAGCCUGGCAUGUUGAUCGAAGGACCUCCGGGUUCCGAAGGCCCACCUGGCGUAUCAGGGUAUCCCGGCCCUUCUGGACCACCGGGGCCAGUCGGCGAUCCAGGCGCCAGGGGCCUGCUGGGUCGGUCGGGACUUCCAGGAGCCGAUGGGCUACCGGGACCACCAGGGACCAUGCUGAUGCUGCCGUUUCGGUUCACCGGAGGCGGCGGCGCUGGAGAGAAGGGACCCAUGGUGUCGGCGCAAGAAGCUCAAGCGCAGGCGAUACUGCAGCAAGCACGGCUGGCGUUACGAGGGCCAUCGGGGCCAAUGGGUUUGACGGGCCGGCCUGGUCCCAUAGGACCACCAGGCUACAUGGGAAUAAAGGGCGAAAUGGGAGACCUGGGUCCUCAGGGUCCACGAGGUUCCCAGGGUCCACCCGGGCCCAUGGGCAAGUCGGGCCGCAGGGGUCGGCCGGGAUCUGAUGGAGCCAGAGGAAUUCCUGGACCGUCUGGGCGAAAGGGAGACCGUGGCUUCGAUGGGCUUCCUGGACUGCCGGGAGAGAAGGGGAACCGAGGCGAUGCAGGUUCUCAAGGACAGCCGGGUCCGACGGGAGAGGUCGGAGACCGGGGCGAUGACGGAGAGGUCGGGCCACGAGGGUUACCCGGUGACUCAGGCCCCCGUGGUUUACUCGGACCGAAGGGACCAGCGGGACCUGCCGGACCUCACGGAAUAACAGGGAUGGAUGGCCACAACGGUCCCAAGGGAAGUCAGGGUCCUCAAGGUGAACCAGGACCUCCCGGACAACAAGGCAACCCUGGUGCCCAGGGUCUCCCGGGGCCACAAGGUGCCAUCGGACCCCCAGGAACUAACGGUCCGACCGGUAAACCAGGUCUCCCUGGAGUCCCGGGAUCAGACGGGCCUCCGGGCCACCCAGGCAAGGAGGGCCCCUCUGGAGAGAAAGGAAACUCGGGUCCAGCAGGGCCACAAGGUCCCAUUGGUUAUCCCGGUGCUCGGGGCAUCAAGGGUGCCGACGGUAUUCGUGGUCUGAUGGGACACAAAGGUGAGAAGGGUGAAGACGGAUUCCCAGGUUUCAAGGGAGACAUGGGAAUAAAGGGCGACAGAGGUGAGCUCGGUCCUGCAGGUCCCAGGGGUGAAGAUGGCCCAGAAGGUCCCAAAGGUCGUGUUGGUCCUUCUGGAGAUCCAGGCCCAGGUGGGCCAGCUGGUGAAAAGGGAAAGCUUGGAGUUCCUGGACUGCCGGGAUAUCCAGGAAGACAGGGUCCAAAGGGUUCCCUCGGAUUCCCAGGAUUUCCCGGAGCGAAUGGUGAGAAAGGAGUGAGGGGCACUCCAGGAAAAUCUGGUCCAAGGGGUCAACGAGGUCCAACGGGUCCCCGUGGUGAACGUGGUCCGAGAGGGUCUACUGGCAAAGCCGGCCCGAAGGGCAACUCUGGCACUGAUGGCCCUCCUGGUCCUACUGGUGAGAGGGGACCACCCGGACCUCAGGGACCAAUGGGAUUCGCUGGACCUAAAGGCCCCCCUGGCCCUGCUGGGAAAGACGGAUUACCUGGACAUCCUGGGCAGCGUGGUGAGACUGGUUUCCAAGGCAAGACAGGUCCACCUGGUCCUCCUGGUGUCGUUGGUCCUCAGGGUCCCACAGGAGAGACGGGUCCUCUCGGAGAACGUGGUCACCCUGGCCCUCCUGGACCUCCGGGAGAACAAGGUUUGCCAGGGCCAGCUGGGAAAGAAGGAGCAAAGGGUGAUCCUGGUCCAGCUGGUCCUUCCGGGAAGGAUGGUCCACCGGGUCUCAGAGGAUUCACUGGAGAGCGUGGACUUCCGGGACCCCUUGGUCAGAUCGGUCUGAAGGGCAGUGAAGGGCCUCCUGGUCCCCCAGGCUCGCUGGGUUCACCAGGUGACCGUGGUUUAGCCGGCCCCGCUGGGCCCAUUGGUCUCCCGGGGCGACCAGGACCUCAAGGACCACCAGGCCCUGCUGGUGAAAAGGGAACUCCCGGUGAGAAAGGGCCUCAGGGGCCAGCCGGCCGGGAUGGAAUCCAGGGGCCAGUUGGCCUGCCAGGUCCAGCAGGAUCAGCGGGUCUACCAGGUGAAGAUGGAGACAAGGGUGAACCUGGAGAGCCGGGACAAAAGGGCAGCAAAGCUGACAAGGGUGAACAGGGUCCACCAGGUCCAUCAGGUCCUCAAGGCCCCAUUGGACAACCCGGACCAGCUGGUGCUGAUGGUGAACCUGGUCCCAGAGGGCAGCAAGGUCUCUUUGGCCAGAAAGGUGAUGAAGGCCCAAGGGGUUUCCUGGGACCUCCUGGUCCAGUUGGUCUGCAGGGGCUACCUGGCUCUCAGGGUGAGAAGGGCGAGACAGGGGACGUCGGGCCUAUGGGUCCACCUGGACCACCAGGACCCAGAGGUCCCUCUGGCUCCCCAGGGGCAGAUGGUCCACAAGGUCCUGCAGGGGGGAUCGGGAACCCUGGAGCUGUGGGCGAGAAGGGUGACUCUGGCGAACCUGGUGCCCCUGGACCUGUGGGAUACAUUGGCCAACCGGGAUCAAGGGGUGAGCGUGGGGAGAAAGGUGAAUCGGGGCCGUCCGGUGCUGCUGGUCCCCCGGGACCGAAAGGUCCACCUGGAGACGAUGGGCCGAAGGGCAGCCCCGGACCAGUUGGUUUCCCUGGUGACCCCGGCCCUCCUGGUGAAGCUGGAUCUCCGGGACAAGAUGGACCUUCUGGAGACAAGGGAGAAGAUGGCGAAACUGGACAGACCGGUUCCCCUGGUCCGACGGGUGAGGCAGGACCACCUGGUCCUCCAGGCAAGAGGGGUCCCCAUGGUCCUACAGGUCCUGAAGGAAGACAAGGAGAGAAAGGAGCCAAGGGAGACUCUGGUGCUGAAGGUCCUCCUGGCAAGACAGGCCCAGUGGGGCCCCAGGGAUCACCGGGGAAAACCGGCUCCGAGGGUCUGCGCGGAAUUCCUGGUCCCGUCGGCGAGCAAGGUUUCCCCGGCCCCCCAGGCCCAACAGGUCCACCUGGUCCGAUGGGUCCUCCCGGAUUGCCAGGACUCAAGGGCGAUCCCGGAACAAAAGGAGAGAAGGGUCACCCUGGCUUGAUCGGUUUGAUUGGACCACCAGGAGAACAGGGAGAGAAGGGUGACCGGGGUCUGCCUGGCCCCCAGGGAACUGGAGGUUCUAAAGGAGAUUCGGGUGUCCAUGGUCAGUCUGGUCCCAUCGGCCCACCAGGACCUCCUGGGUUAUCGGGUCCCCCUGGUCCUAAAGGAUCUAAAGGCUCCUCUGGUCUUACUGGUCCCAAGGGUGAAUUAGGAAUUCAAGGACCACCCGGUCUACCUGGUCCAACUGGCGAGGUUAUUCAAUCACUCCCGUUCCAUUCGUCACGGAGAGCGAAGCGUUCCAUAGAUGCGAGCCAAUUUUUAGAGGAAGGGAACCCGGAGAAUUACAUGGAUUACGCUGAUGGCAUGGAGGAGAUCUUUGGUUCCCUGAACUCGCUGAAGCUGGAGAUAGAACAGAUGAAGCAUCCCAUGGGCACUCAGAACAACCCUGCACGGACCUGCAAGGACCUGUAUCUCUGCCACCCCGACUUCCCCGAUGGUGAAUACUGGAUCGACCCAAACCAGGGCUGCUCCAGAGACUCCUUCAAGGUCCUCUGUAACUUCAUAUCUGGAGGUGAAACCUGCGUCUACCCGGACAAGAAAUCAGAAGGAAGCAAAAUGGCUCGCUGGCCGAAAGAGCAACCUGGUGCAUGGUAUAGUCAGUACAAGCGAGGUGCCCUGCUUUCCUACGCAGAUUCCGAGGGUAACCCUAUCGGGGUGGUGCAGAUGACCUUCCUGCGGCUGCUGAGUGCUUCGGCCCAUCAGAACCUCACCUACAACUGCCACCAAACCGUGGCCUGGUACGACUCGACCAGCGACAGCUACGACAAGGCCAUUCGCUUCCUGGGCUCCAACGACGAGGAGAUGUCAUAUGACAACAACCCCUAUAUCCAAGCCCUCGUGGACAAAUGUGCGGAGAAGAAGGGUUACCAGAAGACGAUAUUACAAAUCAACACCCCUAAAGUUGAACAACUCCCGUUCAUCGACAUCAUGUUCAAUGACUUUGGAGAGUCAGGCCAGAAAUUCGGCUUUGAAAUUGGACCUGUCUGUUUCGUGGGAUAAAAGGCACCGGAUCUAAACUUUUACCGAAAACAAAAAAAAAAUGUUUAUAUACAAACGCCCACCCACACACACACACACACGGACCACACGCAACGUACCAGAGGAAGAAUGGAAGUGUCUGCAAAGCCAACAACACUUUAACCUCAAUUGUGCAGGUUUCAAGACGUGCGACUUUCAGAGAUUGCAGCGGGGAUGGAUUGAUUUCAAGUGCCUGGAAACCAAGAGAGGAGAUGUCAUCUCACAGUGAACAUCUCUCUCUGUAACCAACCCCUGGGUGGACCCGUUCACUCCUCCAGAUUUGCACGGAGCCUCCCUCUCUCUCUCUCUCUCUCCCCCUCUCUCCCUCCCCACUAAAUGGUCAGCCUCGGAAGGACGGAGUUGGAGCUGGUGCUUCAGGGGUUCGAAUCCACCCCCAUCCUCUUUACACCCAGCUCUGCCCUUCCCGACACUGGCCACCUGAUCUCUACUUCCUUAGUGUUUUUAAUCUUACUUCAGAUUCAGUCUUUUUUUUUUAAACUCAUCAAAUAAAUGCCUUGAAUUGAACCCUUCUUUGGAAAUGGUGCUGACAUUUUUUUAUAUUUCUUUAUGAGGAAAAAAACCAAAUCAAAAUGUUUUUUGUACGUUUGUAAGUAAAUAUUUUAUUGUACAAUAUUUUUAUUCUCCCCGCAGCUUCAAGCCUUGAAACCAAUGCAUGUGACUCUGUUAAAAAUGUACAAGGUUCAUUCUUAAUUUUUACCUAAUGUGCAAAUAUAUAUAAAUAUAUAAAGAUAUAAAA